AUGACCACCAGCACCACCACCAAUACCAUCAUCAUCAUCAUCAACAACAUCGUCUCCGUCAUCCAUCGCUAUUACUAUCAUCCGCAAUGCAUUUAUCGUAUUUCACCGUCAUCACUGUCGUACACAUCACCGAAUGCAAACCGAAGCCGAAAGCAAAUAAUGCUUCGCAAUUGUAUACCCGUGCCGCGGCCUGGCGGAGGCGGCGGACGUGCGAAUGUGUCGCCAAACGUGGCUGGCGCCGGGGCUGCAGCCGGCAGUAGCGGUAGCAGUAGCGGCGCGGAGGGACCAGCGUCACGCAGCGCGACGAUCGGUAUUCCUGGCGGCGUCGGCGCGAGCGGCAGCAGUGGUAGCGGCGGCGGUGGAACUCCGCCGUCGUUGUACGGCACGGUGGCCGCCGCCGCAGCUGCGGCGGCGGCUUCAGCAGCGGGUCCCGCCGCCACAGCAGGGUCGUACAUCUGGGAGGAUGAAAGUCUUUCGAAGAUGGACCCUGUACGGCUGACGGCGCUCAAGCCGUACUUUCGUCGUGACGGCGGAACGGUCACAGCAGGCAACGCGUCGCCUAUGACCGACGGGGCGGCGGCAUCGGUGAUAGCGAGUUAUGAAGCCGUACAGAGUCAACGUCUUCGGCGGGAGUGUGGCUCUAGGGCAUCCUAUCGGCGCGAGCGCUGGGUGCCCCAGCUAAGCCUCGUCAAGUGGAUACGCAACAACGACGAUGACGAUGACCACGAGCCGACGGCGGGCAGCUGCUUCCGUUCACAACGAUUUUCCUAA